UCUCACGUGCGGGUAGUCCACCCCGCAUCCUCUCGCCUCGCUCCCAGUGGGAAGUGACUGUAUUUCCCCCUGGUUGCCUUCCACCCGGGCUGCCUGGGCGCAUCGGCCUGGCCCGCCCGCUGACGUCACCUUCCAGUCCCGCCCCCUCCAGUGUCCCGGGCCCUUGCGGCGGGGGCUGGCUCGGGGGGAGUCAGUUGAGGCGGCUGGAGCUCGGCGAAGGGCGGGCCAGGUGACUGGUCCGGGCCAUGCCGAGGAAGAAGCCUUUCAGCGUGAAGCAGAAGAAGAAGCAGUUGCAGGACAAGCGGGAGCGGAAGCGAGGGCUUCAAGAUGGGCUGCGAUCCAGUUCCAACAGCCGCAGCGGGAGCCGGGAGCGGCGGGAGGAGCAGACCGACACCUCGGACGGGGAGUCUGUGACCCAACAAAUCCGCAGGCUCAACCAGCAGCCUUCCCAGGGGCUGGGCCCACGAGGCUAUGACCCAAAUCGAUACCGGCUGCAUUUUGAACGAGACAGCCGGGAGGAGGUGGAGAGGAGAAAGAGAGCAGCCCGGGAGCAAGUGCUACAGCCCGUCAGUGCUGAGCUGCUGGUGCUGGACAUCUGGGAGGUCUAUCAGCCCGGCUCCGUCCUGGACUUUCCCCGACGUCCUCCUUGGAGCUAUGAGAUGUCCAAGGAGCAACUGAUGAGCCAGGAGGAACGGAGCUUCCAGGAGUAUCUUGGGAAGAUUCAUGGGGCUUACACCUCUGAGAAACUCAGCUACUUUGAGCACAAUCUGGAGGUUGUGAAUUUCCCACCAGCAUUUUACGAUUAUGUGACUGGAGAGCUAGGGCUGGCCCUGGUGCUGGUCCUGAACAAGGUGGAUCUGGCCCCGCCGGCUCUCGUGGUUGCCUGGAAGCAUUAUUUCCAUCAACACUAUCCCCAGCUCCACAUUGUUCUUUUCACCUCUUUUCCUCGGGAUCCCCACACCCCACAGGACCCUAGCAGUGUCUUGAAGAAGAGUCGGAGGCGGGGGAGAGGAUGGACUCGGGCUCUGGGGCCGGAGCAGCUGCUGAGAGCCUGUGAAGCUAUCACUGCGGGGAAAGUGGACCUGAGCAGCUGGCGGGAGAAGAUUGCCCGGGAUGUGGCUGGAGCCACCUGGGGUAAUGGCUCUGGGGAGGAGGAGGAAGAGGAGGACGGGCCGGCCGUCCUGGUGGAGCAGCAGACUGACUCAGCGAUGGAGCCAACAGGCCCCAUACGGGAGCGCUACAAGGACGGGGUGGUGACCAUUGGCUGUGUGGGUUUCCCCAACGUGGGCAAGUCCUCGCUGAUCAACGGGCUGGUGGGGCGGAAGGUCGUGAGUGUCUCCAGAACCCCGGGCCACACCCGAUACUUUCAGACCUACUUUCUCACCCCCUCCGUGAAGCUCUGUGACUGUCCAGGCCUCAUAUUCCCCUCGCUUCUGCCCAGGCAGUUGCAGGUCCUGGCAGGGGUCUACCCCAUCGCCCAAAUCCAGGAGCCAUACACCGCCGUGGGCUACCUGGCCUCCCGGAUCCCUGUGCAGGCCCUGCUCCACCUGCGCCACCCAGAGGCCGAGGACCCCUCCGCAGAACACCCGUGGUGUGCCUGGGACAUCUGUGAAGCCUGGGCAGAGAAACGUGGUUACAAGACAGCCAAGGCGGCCCGAAAUGAUGUGUACAGAGCGGCCAAUAGCCUCCUGCGGCUGGCACUGGAUGGCCGCCUCAGCCUGUGUUUUCAGCCCCCAGGCUACAGCGAGCAGAAAGGCACCUGGGAGUCCCACCCAGAGACCAUGGAGUUGGUGGUUUUGCAGGGCAGGGUGGGGCCCGCAGGUGACGAGGAGGAGGAGGAGGAAGAGCUGAGCAGCUCCUGUGAGGAGGAGGGAGAGGAGGACCGGGACGCGGAUGAGGAGGGGGAAGGGGAUGAGGACACCCCAACCUCAGCCCCAGGGUCCAGCCUGGCCGCCCGAAACCCCUACGCCCUGCUGGGCGAGGACGAGUGCUGAGUCCCUGCCCUGCGCCAUCUCCCCCCCCGCCCCACCCGUAUCUUUGCUUUUGGACUGACCUGGGGGUCUCUCCCGUCUGCCACCCCAAUUGUGAAUAAAGAUUGUCUGCUUUGUA